AUGAGCUGCACAAUUCCAUUGGCUAAGGUGAGCAAAUUCUUGGAGUCGGACUACGUUCACGAGCUGUUCCAGCUCAUCAGAAUGAUCUUGGACACUCUAAGCCGUCGCCUACAAGAAAGCGUACAACUCCGUACACACAAAUAUUUCCGUGUUGCCGUACCACAAGCGCUUACCGGGCAGUCAUUGGUUGCCCUCGUCGGAGAGAAGGGUUACGCUGAAGAUGAGGCGGAAGCUGUGCAUUUAGCCACCCUACUACUCCAACACGGUUAUCUAUUCCCGGUUAUUGAACCUGCAUUGACCGUACGUGAUGAUGGUACACUUUAUCGAUUACAACGACCGUAUUUUUGGCCAUCACAUGCAACACAAACGGACAAUGUAGAGUACGCUAUCUACCUCAACAAACGCUUACUCAGGAACGAACAGAAGCACGGGCUAGAAGAAGAUGAAGCCGAAUCAUAUAACAGAUUCGCCGAAUUAUUAGGCCAUAUGUGGGGAUUUAUAACGCAACAAGCCGAAAUGCAACUGAAACAACAGAAGGAGAAGAAAAAAGCUGAUAAGGUAGUUUAUGACUCUGAAGAGCGAGCAUUCUGGAGAUUACGACGGCCAUGUCAUCCGGAUUUUCUUGAACAACAUGUACAAAAGGUUGAUCGAAGGCUACGAAAAGCUACUCCGCAGGUCUACCGUAAUCUUGUGGAACGACUUAAGUUCUCCUUGAAAACUAAACCAUGGUUAAAAGCGUUGAAAGCAUCAGACACCAUGGUACAAUGGGUAGACGAACGGGUAGACUACGAUCCAUUCCUCACCGUCCCGCAACCGUCAAAUCCAUGGAUCACAGACGACACAAAUUUGUGGACGUUGAACACCGACACGGUCGAAGUGCCGACAGAAAGACGAGUGAAACGAUGGGGAUUAUCGGUACAGGAACUAGUCAAGGAUCCCAUAGGACGACAAGUGCUCGAAACGUUCCUUGAAUCUGAAUUCUCCUCGGAGAAUAUUCGAUUCUGGAUCGCUAUACAAGACUUGAAAUAUUCUCCAAACGAUCAGAUAGAUCAUAAAACGGAACGUAUCUACGAGGAGUUUUUAGCACCUGGAGCACCGGCACAGGUCAACGUCGACUCUCGGACACUGGAUCAAACAUUGGAUUGCCUACAAAAAGCCACAACUGCUUCUACACGACGUCAUGCGUUCACACAUUCGGAAGAGCACGUCUUCACUCUUAUGGCCAAAGACUCUUAUCCACGAUUUGUUCGUUCGCAGAUCUAUAAGGGUGUGUUAUCUGCCGCUCAACAACAAGGAUCCAGACGAUUGGGAUGGCGAAAUUUCAUUUUUAACAUGGGAGCAGCGAAAAAACCGCAGUGUAAACCGGCGAAAAAGGACGAGUUACACUCGCAAAAUUUGCCGAAGCAGCUUAGUUCGGAUUCACUGCCGGUCCGUGCAGCACAUGCCGUUAGGCCGGAAGCUUCGGCGGAUUGA